CGAAUCCAUUGGCAGUUGCGAGCGGCGAGCGAAGUGCAAAAGACGCCGAACCGAGUUUUAAAUACGCAAAGUAAACAAAACCGGAAUCUCUUACUCAUUACAAACAGAAGUUCGAACACAAAAAAAACCCAAAAAAAAACCUGAACCUUGCACUCGACGAGGGUUUCUUGGAGUAGUUUUAUUUAAAGUUUGGAGUCUGUUCCACCCGAGCAAGAUGGACCAGAAGCGAGCCAUGUUGUAUCCCCAGGUGGAUUUCAACUCCCCGAGUGCCCCAUCGCCAACGCCGCCACCAACUCGGGAGUUACUCCAUCCCAUGGGCCUGCCCGUGGAGGCUCCUCCGUCCUACGAUGUGGCAGUGGCCGCUCCAGCUCCGGUGGUGCCCGCCGUUCCAAUGGUUGCCCCACCAGCGCAGCCAGUUAUUGUGGUGGAGCCGACAGGCCCACCACAGCUGCCGCCUACAGUGGUGCAGACACCAGAUGCCCUGAAUCUGGGUCCAAAUAGAAGCAGAGUUCUGUGCCCCGCCUGUGGAGCCCAGAAAACCACCAGAAUGACCUUUACUGCCAACAAUAGGACGCACAUGGGAGCAGGGCUGCUCUGUCUAGUCGGCUGGUGCUGCUGUGCUUGUUUCGUACCCUAUUGCAUGAAUAGUUGCCGCACUGCCAACCAUUAUUGUCGGAAAUGCAACACUUUCCUGGGUUCCUACACGCCAAAGGGAAGAUGAUGAGAACAAGACUAAGAUAAGAUGUGAUCUGGUGGUUAGAUAAAAUAUUAAGACACAAAGGAAAAAACUUAUUUACACACGCAAAUCAGCUGAUGCUUGUCACCGCGUAAAUUAAGAUUGUACAGUAGCAAUUGGCUUAAAAAAAUACAAAGCAAAGAAGAGAAACUAAAGCUUAACAAUUAUCUUUAGGUAUCAAACAAAGUCUAUUCAUUUCCUUAGUUUCUCUUAAUAAAUAAUCACUAUAAUAAACAUAAACAAAGGCA